AUGCUGCGCCGUCGUGCGGGCAAGGAUGAUGCCGCACCGGGCGAUAAGAAGGACAGCAAGGGACGGCCAUUAUUAAACCGGCUCAAGACGGAAGAGGACAAACUUCGCGAAGAGUUUGGUGGUGCAAAGGUCAAGCAGCUGGUUAUUCGACCACGAAGCAAGCGUCGAAAUGGAUUUAUUUUCGUACUUGGUGGCUUGUUCGGCGUCUUGGUUGCCCUCUUCUUUGCGAAUCAACAGGAGGUCAUCAGUUUGGAAUCGUUGAUGGACUUGAAUCUGGAGUCGUUGAUUGAUGUGAUGCCUCAAGGCAUUGUGCGUGAUGCAAAGGCAUUCUCUCAACGUGAGCGUGAUGCAGUCAGCUACGAUUCUUUUGCCGUCGGCCUGCACCUUCAGUCCCAAGGGAUCGGCGCCAAACAUCCAGUGGUGAUGAUCCCCGGCGUUAUCUCUACGGGACUUGAGAGUUGGGGGACCGGGGACAAUUCACGCCAGUACUUCCGUCGGCGGCUAUGGGGCAGCUGGACCAUGAUGCGAGCUUUGGUUCUGGAUAAAGCCGAAUGGAAAAACCACAUCAUGCUAGACCGCAAGACGGGACUCGAUCCACCGGGCAUCAAGUUGCGAGCUGCGCAGGGCUUCGACGCCACAGACUUCUUUAUCACGGGAUACUGGAUCUGGAACAAAAUUCUCGAGAACUUGGCGACCAUUGGAUAUGACCCAACUAAUGCCUUCACCGCUGCCUAUGACUGGCGACUUUCCUACUUGAAUCUCGAAGUUCGCGACAAGUAUUUCAGCAGACUGAAAUCCUAUAUUGAAACCGCGGUCGAAACAGGAGGCGAAAAGAUAUCUCUGGUAUCGCACAGCAUGGGCUCGCAAGUUGUCCUGUUCUUCUUCAAAUGGGUGGAAAGUGAAGCUCACGGCAACGGUGGCAAGGAUUGGGUCGAUCGCCAUAUCGACUCCUGGAUCAACGUCAGUGGGUGCAUGUUGGGUGCCGUCAAAGGGCUGACGGCCGUCUUGUCUGGCGAGAUGCGUGAUACAGCACAACUGAACGCCUUUGCCGUCUAUGGCCUGGAGAAAUUCCUGUCCAAGGAGGAGCGGGCGGAGAUCUUCCGGGCCAUGCCCGGCAUUUCCAGCAUGCUUCCUAAGGGCGGUGAUGCCGUCUGGGGUAAUGCGACCUGGGCCCCUGAUGAUAAGCCCGGUCAGGAAGUCAGCUUUGGCAAUCUGAUCAGGUUCCGAGAGACCAAUUCCUCGUGGACGCGGCGCAACCUUACCACAUCCGAGAGUCUGCAGUACAUGUUGGAUCAAAGUGAGGACUGGUACCGCGAGCAAGUGCUGGGCAGCUACUCUCACGGAGUCGCGCAUACAAAACGCGAAGUGGAGGCGAAUGAGAAAGAUCCGCGAACAUGGUUGAAUCCCCUCGAGGCCCGUCUUCCACUGGCACCGAAUAUGAAAAUUUACUGCUUCUACGGCGUCGGCAAACCUACAGAAAGAAGCUAUUUCUACCAAGAAGAUCUUGAUCCCCUGGUGAAUCUAAAUGUGAGCAUCGACACGACUGUGACGAUCAAUGAAAAUAUCGACCAUGGCGUCUUGAUGGGUGAAGGUGACGGGACGGUCAACCUGCUGAGCACGGGCUACAUGUGUGCCAAAGGCUGGCGCAUCAAGCGAUAUAAUCCCGCCGGGGCGAAAAUCAAGGUCUUUGAGAUGCCUCACGAACCGGACCGUUUCUCCCCACGCGGUGGACCCAAUACAGGCGACCAUGUCGAUAUACUUGGCCGAUCCUCUUUGAAUGACCUCAUCCUCCGUGUUGCCGGGGGCCGAGGCGACGAAAUCGAAGAGACCUACUACUCGAAAAUUCGUGAAUACGCGGACCGAGUGCAGAUCUUCGAUGAUGAAUAA